UGCUUAGCAAUUCUAUGAUUCUUUUAGUUGGCUAUGGCGGCUAAUGGUUAUUGAGGGAAGACGGUGAGUUCAAUACUGUUAUGCGCAUCUUUUUUGUGAGCAUAAUUUAAAUUUACAUCAAUCGGAUGUAAAGGUGAAGAAAUUUUUGAGUGAAAUCUUUCAGCGAAAAUCCAAACAUCAAUGGUGAAUGUGCAGAAAGAAGAAGGGAAAUCAGAGUACAAGAGCGAUUCGGAGGACGAGGUGUCUCCAUGGGCGAUGAGGAGGAGACGCGACGAUGAGAACGAAGACGGAGGGCAAGAGAGAAAUUCCUCGACAGACUAAUCGGAGGAGCGUUCGCGUUGUUGUUUUGGGUGAAUUAAAGGGGCUUGGUGUAGCGCCUAAGGAUGAUGACGACAAGGAAGGCUGGUACACAAAGAGCUUGAAGAGCUUGCAGAAAGAGUGGUGGAAGAGGAUUUUGACGGAGGUCUAGAAGAAGACCGUGAAACAGGAUUCGAGGAAGGAGAAGACAAUCGUUUGACAUUCUGAUCACGUGGAGACGGUGAACCAGAGAAUUGAAAGAAGAGGAGAGGGAGGCAAUUCGGUACCAAGCAUUGGUGCAUUCUAUAUGCAUGAUGAUCGGCUUACCGUUCCUGGUAGUUAUCGCAGGUACACAACUUGAUGGCCAACAUCAUGGUAGCACUGCUUAUCCUGCUGCUUGAUGCAAAUUGAUUUUCAGUCACAGGAGCAUGACGAAUACAAGCAAACCCAUUCACAGAUGGAAGCAUCCAGAAAGAAAUGAGUAAUGCCAACGAUGCAGUGACAGUGCAAGACUAGAAGGAAGUUGACAUUCCCAACGGGCUACAUAUGAAUGUCUACAUCUUGAUUCACUGGACUCUUUCCUCAUUCUUUUUACCCCUCAAUUUGCAGAUACUCACAGAUGAAUAUUAACAAUUAGAAAACUGGAUAGAUGGAAUAUUUGUAUGAGCAGGUUGUUAUUGUGACGAUUCUCAGAACUUUAAUUACAUUCAUAGUUCUUGAUUUCUUUUAUUUCCAAUUUCUGACGCUUGAUAUUAGACGUUACAGAUUUGUUCCCUCCCUUUUCCUUCUCUGGUCUUUAUUUUAAUUGCUUCUAGCAGAGGUACGUUUCAACUACACUUGCUGAGGAUCUCAACUUCAUAAACUUUCUUAUACUACCUUUACCUUUUGGACUAUAUUGAACCCCAAUUCUUAUCCCUAAAGGCUAAUGGUUACAAUACAGACUAGACUCUACUAUUUAAGUGAAACACAUGAUUCCAUUUGUCAAGUUAUUCAUCAGCAUUCAACAACUCCAUAAUAUUGGCUUUGCUUACAGGGAUAUAAUGGAAUCAGAGACCACUACAUAAAGAGACAAACUGACAAACCAUGCUGCAUGCAUUAUCAUCAAAUUUUGCCCCUUCAAGGCUGUUAAAAGAUGAUGCCCUGACGUUAUUGCUUCAAUGAUUGCUCGGAAUGUCUAAUCAAUGACAUCCAAAAAAAAAAAGUUCGACUGCUCUGGAGCUGGAACUGGAACUUCUUUAUCCCUGCUUUUGGCUCUUCUCUCUCUCUCUCUCUCUCUAUUGUUAUAAUACAAACAAAACUCCAGUUUACAUGAGAGAGUGAGCUGAAGUAGUCAGAUUCUGUGUUUCGAUGGGGAUUGGCAAGUUGUUGUUGGAGUAUUUAUGUGUUUCUUCAUGUUCAAACUCCUGCUUCUGCAUGAACUAUAACUUGGAAAGCAAAGAAGAUGACUACUUUGAGGAGAAACCAUUGAUAACCAGUCAAAGUGCACUCAGAUUGAAAGAUGUUGUUGCUGGUAACCACACUCUGGCAUUUCAACUGAAACCCAGGAUGGUGGUGUUAAAGGUAUCAAUGCAUUGUAAUGGCUGUGCAAGGAAAGUAGAGAAACAUAUAUCCAAGUUGGACGGUGUUACAUCAUACAAAGUGGACCUGGAAAGCAAGAUGGUAGUGGUUAUUGGAGACAUAUUUCCUCUUGAAGUGCUUGAGAGUGUCUGCAAAGUAAUGAAGAAUGCACAGAUUUGGGACUCCCCUCCAUCCUCUUCUGUAUUAUGAAAUUCAAAACCAUCCCUCCCCAAUCGCCAUUAGGAAAAUCAAAAUAAAAAUACAGUGCACCCACUUCACUAUUUCAAAGUAGAAGUGCUAUCAUAUUAUGAUCUCUAAGCCUGUAAAUUGUAAUAUAUAUGUGUAUGUGUGUGUUUUCAUAUCA